AUGAGGGUAUCUAGUUUUUUAUCAACAUUCCUAGUGUUCGUAUAUACAACGUCCGCAUUCUAUUUUUAUGUCAAUGGUGCUGACAGAAAAUGCUUCUACAAAGAAUUGUCCCAGGGUACUUUGUUGAUCGGUAAAUAUAGUGUCGAGUCCUAUGAUGGCAGAAUAAAUGAUUACAAAAAAACAAAUGAUUUGGGGAUCAUCAUUGAUGUUGAAGAAACCUUUGAUGAUGAUCACAGAGUUGUCCAUCAAAAGGGUACUGGUGGCGGUGAAUUCACCUUUACUGCCAUUGAUUCUGGGGAUCACAGAAUUUGUUUCCAACCACAAUCUGGAGGCUGGUUGGCCAAAAUGAAGGUCAAAAUCAACGUCGAAUUCACUGUGGGUGAAGCCUCAAGUCUAGAUUCUAAAAAUGAGGAAGUUGUUAACUCGUUGAUCACCAAAGUCCAUUCUUUAGUCUCCAAGGUCAAUGAAAUCAAGAGAGAACAAAACUUGCACAGAGAAAGAGAAGCCCAGUUUAGAGACUUGUCGGAAACUGUCAACUCUCGUGUUGUUAGAUGGUCCGUUAUUCAAUUAUUGAUUUUGAGUGGUACUUGUGUUUGGCAAUUACACCACUUGAGAACUUUCUUUGUCAAGCAAAAAUUGGUCUGA